UUUCCUAAAAAAAAUUAAAAAAAAUAAUCUCUUACUUUGCAGAGAGAAGAGAGAGAGAGCUCUGGUCUGGACCCAAUUCAUCUUCCAUUAUCGAUCGUCUUCCAUAAUUGGAUCCCCAAAUCUCAAGACGAGGUUCAGAGACUUCAUGCAAAUGGCUCCGAUUCCCUCCGAGAAUGGCGUAGAGGGAGACGAUGAGAGAGAGGAAGAAGAGGACGACGAAGAAGAAGAAGAAGAAGAAGAGGAGCUGGAAGUGGAGGAGGAGGAGGAAGAAGAAGAGCCCAGGCUUAAGUAUCAGAGACUUGGAGGUAGCAUUCCUUCUUUGCUAGCUACCGAUGCUGCUUCAUGCGUCGCCGUCGCUGAGAGGAUGAUCGGCCUCGGAACUCAAGGCGGCACCGUUCAUAUUCUCGACUUUCUCGGCAACCAGGUUAAGGAAUUUACUGCUCAUACUGCUGCAGUAAACGAUCUCAGCUUUGACAUAGAAGGUGAAUAUAUAGGAAGCUGUUCAGAUGAUGGAUCUGUUGUAAUAAAUAGCCUUUUCUGUGAUGAAAAGAUGAAGUUUGAGUACCAUCGCCCAAUGAAGGCUAUUGCCUUAGACCCAGAUUAUGCCAAAAAGGCAUCUAAAAGAUUUGUAGCUGGUGGUUUAGCUGGUCAUUUAUAUUUUAAUGCUAAGAAAUGGCUGGGCUUUCGAGACCAGGUCUUGCACUCUGGUGAGGGUCCAAUUCAUGCAGUGAAAUGGAGAGCAAGUCUCAUUGCUUGGGCAAAUGAUGCUGGGGUGAAAGUAUAUGAUGCUGCUAAUGAUCAGCGAAUUACAUUUAUUGAAAGACCAAGAGGAAGCCCACGGCCUGAGGUUUUACUGCCCCACUUAGUUUGGCAGGAUGAUACACAUUUGGUCAUUGGCUGGGGAACAUCUGUGAAAGUUGCAUCCAUAAAGACAAGUCAGCAGAGAGCAGCCAAUGGGGCGUUUCCAAUAUCUAGCCUUAAUCAAGUUGAUAUUGUGGCAUCUUUCAAUACCAACUAUUACAUCUCUGGAAUUGCACCCUUUGGUGACUCUCUUGUUGUUCUAGCCUAUAUUCCUGGUGAAGAAGAUAGGGAGAAGGAAUUUAGUAGCUCUAUCCCAUCGCGGCAGGGAAAUGCACAGAGACCAGAAGUACGUAUUGUAUCAUGGAUUAAUGAUGAGCUUUCAACAGAUGCACUACCUGUUCUUGGCUUUGAGCAUUACAAGGCAAAGGACUAUUCCCUUGCUCAUGCUCCUUUCUCAGGUAGCAGCUAUGCUGGUGGGCAGUGGGCUGCAGGUGAUGAACCACUGUACUAUAUUGUAUCCCCAAAGGAUGUAGUCAUCGCAAAACCCAGGGAUGCUGAAGAUCAUAUAGCUUGGCUGCUUGAACAUGGGUGGCAUGAAAAAGCUUUGGCUGCAGUAGAAGCAGGAGAGGGACGUAGUGAACUCCUCGACGAGGUUGGAUCUAGAUACCUUGAUCAUUUAAUUGUGGAAAGAAAAUAUGCUGAAGCUGCAUCUUUGUGUCCCAAAUUGUUACGAGGAUCUGCUUCAGCAUGGGAGAGAUGGGUUUUCCAUUUUGCUCAACUCCGUCAGCUUCCUGUAUUAGUACCAUAUAUACCGACUGAAGACCCAAGACUACGGGAUACAGCUUAUGAGGUUGCUCUUGUGGCUUUGGCUACAAAUCCAUCAUUUCAUAAGGAUCUGUUGUCGUCUGUUAAAUCUUGGCCAUCGGUGAUAUAUUCUUCAUUGCCUGUAAUCUCAGCCAUAGAACCUCAGCUAAAUACUUCAUCCAUGACAGAUGCGCUCAAAGAGGCACUAGCUGAGCUGUAUGUAAUAAAUGGGCAAUAUGAGAAAGCAUUUUCACUGUAUGCUGAUCUUUUGAAGCCAGGCAUAUUUGACUUCAUUGAAAGACAUAACUUGCACGAUUCUAUCAGGGAAAAGGUUGUCCAACUGAUGAUGCUAGACUGCAAGCGUGCAGUUCCUUUAUUUAUUCACAAUAGGGAAUUAAUUCCUCCAUCAGAAGUUGUUACACAACUUUUAAAAGCAAGCAAAAAGUGCGACUCCCGUUACUUCUUGCAUCUAUAUUUGCAUUCAUUAUUCGAAGUAAACCCUCAUGUCGGAAAGGAUUAUCAUGAUAUGCAGGUUGAGCUUUAUGCAGAGUAUGAUCCAAAGAUGCUGCUUCCUUUUCUUCGUAGUAGUCAACAUUAUAAGCUUGAGAAGGCUUAUGAAAUUUGUCUCAAACGAGAUCUUUUGAGAGAGCAAGUAUUCGUUCUUGGGAGAAUGGGAAAUACGAAACAAGCUCUUGCCGUACUUAUUAAUCAACUAGGGGAUAUGGAAGAGGCUGUGGAGUUUGUAACGUUGCAACACGAUGAUGAGCUAUGGGAAGAAUUGAUUAAACAAUGUCUUCACAAACCUGAAAUGGUCGGCAUGUUGUUGGAACACACAGUUGGCAAUCUUGAUCCUCUCUAUAUUGUGAAUAUGGUUCCCACUGGCUUGGAGAUACCUAGGCUUAGGGAUCGACUGGUCAAAAUUAUUACCGAUUACAGAACAGAGACUUCUCUUAGACAUGGGUGCAAUGAUAUUCUCAAGGCUGAUUGUGUCAACCUCUUAGUUAAGUACUACAAAGAAGCAAGACAUGGACUAUACUUGAGCAAUGAAGAGGACGAAUCACGAGCAAAACGAAACGACAACAACAUGUCUUCUCAAGCAACCGAGAGAUCUCCGAGCGUGAGAAGCAUGGAAGUCAAAUCAAAAACUAGAGGCGGCGGAAGGUGUUGCAUCUGUUUUGAUCAUUUCUCUAUACAAAGUGUCUCAGUCAUUGUGUUCUUCUGUUGUCACGCGUAUCACACGAAUUGUCUCAUGGAUUCCACCUAUACGAACGCUACUAAAACAAGCGGAACCACUUCUCGAGAACACGCAUCAGAAUACAGCGAGUAUGGCAACGGUUAUGUUGACGAGGACGACGAUGAGGAUGACGAGGAUGCUGGAUCGGGUAAUUCUUCCCAUAUGCGUUGCAUCUUAUGUACUACUGCUGCAAGUCGAGUUCGGUGAAGUGUGGUUCAAUAUUUCUUUAUUUUUACCCAAAAUAUAUUCUUAUUGUGAAUAGAUUUGCCUCAUCAUUGUAUCAGCCUGCAUCUUAGUAUUUGUCAUUUUUGUUGUAUAUCACUACAUCGGCCAGCUUGAGUAGUCGAUUUCUUUGUAUUAUAUGAACAUAGUAAGCGGCUUUUUCAUUUUUUUUUUUUGGGGUUUUGAGCUUUGCUUGUUUAGCUGAGCAGUGUUUCUUAUCAUUGGUUUGAUUUGGGUUUUUUGAUCUCUCUAUUUUUGGGUACAUUGAGUUGCUAAUAAUUUUUUUGAAAGGUAGAAGUGAACUGUAUGUGCUAUAUUUGCUACAUUACAGAGGA